AUGGGUGGCGGAAAUGAACCACCAAGAGAAGGGUUGAGUAGGUGGGCGGCUGCGAACCAAGAAGAAGAACCACGACCUAGUCCUCCGCCUCUUUCACUUCCCUCAUAUCCACCUCCUCGGCCUCCAUCUGUUACUACCAGACCCCCCGGAGUUUCAAUUGGCGCACCAAGUUCACCGCCUCCUCUUCUGCCAUUGUUUCCACCAAGAGAAGUACAGCCGCUAUGGCCACCAAGUCCAACAUUAGGCCCAGGACCUUCCAUUCCUGGAGAUGUAUCACUGGAACCUUCUGCCUCUGAAACGACUUCACAAGCUGAGCCUGGUCCACCAAAUGGUAAGCAAGCAACGAUGGAAACGAUGAGAAUGGACUCAUGGAACUCUCCAUCAGCAUGCGCUUCAGACGAUUGUUUUCUUCCUUUAUUGUUUGAUGAUGCAUUUGUCUGGUUCUCUGGCUUCAACAUUGGUUUUCUUCUUCUUCCAUAG